ACUGAACACAUCGCCAUAAUCUCUCCGUUUUCACCGGGUUUACAUAUUGCUAUAGUCCGGGUUAAGAAUAAUCGGCCGUAGCUUGUGAUCUAUAAAGUAAAGAAGCCUCCCCUCCUUCUGGUUUGCAUAUUAGGUGCCCUCUCUUGAUUAUCAAAUACCUUCUCUUCUCCAUUUAUAAACUAUUCUGUUUCAAAUUGUUCAGUAAUAGGUAGCAACCAUGGCCUUCAAGUUUACUAAGCCCAAGGAGAAGUUGACAUGGUUCAUCACGGGAUGCUCUUCCGGGUUUGGUCUCUCUCUUACACGUAUAGUCCUGGAUAAAGGUCACACCGUCAUUGCCACUUCACGAAACCCUUCCCGCACGCCCGAGCUAGUGGCUGAGGUCGAGAGCAAAGGGGGUAGAUGGCUAAAGUUGGACGUAAACGAUCACAACAGCCCGGAAGUCAUAGAGAAGCUUGAGAGGUCGGGAGUAGAGAUCGAUGUUCUGGUGAACAAUGCCGGUUAUUCAAUACUGACGCCUGUCGAGCUCGCAACUGAAGACGAGAUCCGUGGCCAGAUGGAAUCCAUGUACUUCGGUCCCUUACGCCUAAUCCGAGCCGUCGUUCCGCAUUUGCGCAAGAGGCGGUAUGGUGUCAUCGUGAACAUUAGUAGCGGAGCUUCCCUCGAAGGUAGAGAUACAAUGGGCCCCUAUGCUGGAGCUAAAGCUGGUCUCGAUGGUGUAACUAGGGUCCUGGCACAAGAGGUUGCACCGUACAACAUUCGAACUCUGACGGUCGUCCCGGGCGCAUUCAACACCAAUAUAGCCAAUGUCACCACCCCUGGCAAGAACCCGUUUCCGGAUGACUAUAAGGGCACUGUUUCCGACUUGAUGUUACAAAUUCUCUCGGGUGCAGACCUGCCUGGCAUAAAGUUUUCCUUGGGUGAUAAGGACAAGGGGAUGAAAGCUGUCUACGAGGUAGUAGUUGGAGAGGGCAUUGGAGCUGGACGCGAAUCCGAGCCGUUGCUCCUUCUGGGCUCUGAUAUGACGGCUCGAGCAAAGGCUGUGCAGCAGUACUUGGGGCACGCUUUAGAGACGUUUAAGGACGUUACUAAUUAUGUCGACGUUGCCUAAGAUCUAGUCUAUUGUUAGAACAUAGAUGUGGUUGUUAUUUCUCGGUCGAAGUAGGGAGUGUGUAGCAGUAUAUACCUGAUAUCCGAUACCUCACGGGCCAUAUGUAUAUGAGAUAGGAGACUAUUAAUGCCAAGUUCUUAUUUUCACAGAUACAACUAGCUUAUAUAAAUAAUACUAGCUAAAGCGC